AUGUCGGGCUCGGUACAGUUGCGGGUGUUCCCGGAGCGCUGCCUGUUCGAUGAUCCUCUCCGGCUGGAGGUGAGCGGCUUGAUCCCCGGACAGGAGGUGACUCUCCGCACCGAGCUGACCGAUGAAGGCGGGGAGCCGUUCACUUCCCUGGGUCGGUACCGAGCCGGGAGCGGAGGGGAGCUGGAGCUGAGCCGGAGCCCGGCGCUGGAGGGCGGCACCUUCACCGGAGUAGAAGCGGAGGGGCCCCUGUGGGCUCUGGAGCCCCGGAAUGGUGUGAGGAGGAGGAUGAUGAAGAAGGACGUGCGGAGCCCCCUGAUUGUCCGCUUCUCCCUCCACCAGGAGCCGGCCGGAGCUGUGCUGAGCACUGCGGUCCAGGAGAGGAGCUUCCUGGGGGAAGGAGUCCGGAGGAUCAGGGUGAGGGAGGGCGCAGUGCGGGCCACUCUCUUCAUACCGCCCGGCCCUGGCCCAUUUCCUGGCAUCAUAGAUCUGUAUGGAACAGGAGGAGGUCUCGUGGAACACAGAGCCAGCCUCUUAGCCAAUCAUGGCUUUGUGACAAUGGCACUGGCGUUUUUUGAUUAUGAUGACCUUCCUAGCCAUCUAGGUGGGCUUAAUCUGAACUACUUUCAUGAAGCUUUGGAGUUUUUAAGACGACACCCAAAGGUUAACAAACAAGAAAUUGGGAUUAUAGGUCUUUCUAAAGGUGCUGACCUAGCAAUCACAAUGGCAACAUUCCUACCUGGAAUCAAGGCAGUUGUCAGUAUAUCCGGCUGCAAUGCCAACACUAUGGCCCCAUUACCUUGCGAUGGCUUUGUGCUCCCAUGCUUGGGGUUAAGUACUGAGAAGAUUAAGCUUACAGAAACUGGUGAACUGGAUAUGUCUGAGUUUAUGGAUGACCCUAUGGACCCGGCGUUUCACGAGUGCCUCAUCCCAGCUGAAAGGUCCUCUGCUGCCUUCCUCCUCUUAUCCGGUCUUGAUGACAAGAACUGGCCCAGUUCAUUAUAUAGUAAGCAGUUUGUUGCACAUCUCAAAGAGCACAAGAAGGACGUUGAAUCGUACUAUUACCCUGGGGCUGGCCAUCUGUUGGAGCCUCCAUACUUUCCUCUGUGCAAAGCAUCGAACCACAAACUAUUGGGAAUGCCUAUGUUAUGGGGAGGUCAGCUUAGAGCACAUGCUAAAGCACAAGAAGAUGCGUGGAAAAGGAUCCUAACAUUUUUCUCAAAGCAACUUAAAGCACACAGCCACCUGUAG